AUGGGGAGACACGAGGGGCAGGAUCCAUGUGGGGAUGGCCUCAAUGCGGACAACAAGGACCCGACGGGGUGCCAAGGAGCCCAGUUGGUUAAGAGACAGCAGAGAAGCAGCCCCCACAGCCCACUCAUGAGCUACGAGGCGAUGAGUCUGGACGUGCAGCACCUCCUGGCCCGCCUGGGCGUCACCAAGUGCGUCCUGCUGGGGCACAGCAUGGGCGGCAAGACCGCCAUGGCGCUGGCGCUGCAGCGGCCAGACCUGGUGGAGCGCCUCAUCGCUGUGGACAUUAGUCCCAGCACAACCGCGGCCGUCUCUGAAUUCUCUGCCUACGUCGCCGCCAUGAAGUCGGUGCAGAUCCCCGAUGGCCUCCCGCGCUCCGCAGCACGCCGGCUGGCCGACGAGCAGCUGCGUCCCGUUGUUCAGCUGGCAGAGCUGAGGCAGUUCCUUCUCACCAACCUGGUGGAGGUGGAGGGCCGCUACGUCUGGCGGGUAAACCUGGAGGCUAUUUCCCAUCACUUGUCAGAUAUCAUGAACUUCCCUGUCUUCCACAAGCCGUAUCCAGGCCCCACACUUUUCCUGGGAGGAUCCAACUCACCCUAUAUCAGCCCUAAGGACUAUCCGGAGAUCCGGCGCCUCUUCCCAAAGGCAGAUAUCCAGUUCAUUGAAGGUGCCGGCCACAUAGUCCAUCAAGAUAAGUUUGAAGAAUUCAUGACCGCCGUCCUCAAUUUCCUGCCAGCACCGUAGAGCCCGGGACCAGGGCUGCCGUGAG